UCCUAACCUGCAACGUUCUCCCCCCGGACCGGAGCGAUAAAGUGUCCCCGGGAUCUCUUCGCGAGCGAGGGACAUGGCGGACGGCGGCCACUGCGUAUACUUCGUCGAGCGCAAGAAGCGGUUCUGCCGCAUGACGGUGCGGCAGGGCCGGCGGUACUGCGGCGAGCAUCAGCGGGACGACGCCGGGAGCGAGAGAGUGCCGUGUCCGCUGGAUUCCACGCACACGUGUCACCGCUCAAGGCUGACGAGACACCUGAACGUGUGCAAUACAAAGCGGAGGCUGGACGCGCGGCCCGCCUUCGUGGUCGAGGGAGCGAACUUGGACGACGAGACUAUCGCGGCGCCGCCGCGCGUGCCGUUGUCGCAGCUCGACGAGUCCGUCGUGAGGACGGUGAUAAGGAAGAUUCAUGCCGCCUACGAAAAGUUGCCAGAGUUUUCUUGGAUGAUUCUUAGGCACGACGUGCUCGAAGAGAAAUUGAGCGACGAAACUUGCGGCAGUAACGCUAAAAAGCACUUGCUCCAAAACGCAUCUCUGCUAGGACUUCUGGAGCAAGCUGGUCUCGUGCGAGACAACACUUGCUUCAUCGAAUUCGGGGCUGGAAAAGCUCAGUUGACGUAUUGGUUGGGGCAGAUUAUAAAGACCAAGUCAAACUCUUGCAUCUUACUAGUCGAUCGUUCUAGUCACCGGCACAAGAGCGACAAUAAGCUCAAAAGAGAGAAGACUGGCCUCGUAAUAAAAAGGAUACGCGCCGAUAUCGCCGAUCUGCAGUUGAACCAAAUCGCGGAGGUCCAGUCAAUCAAAUAUAAGGUCGGCAUAGCGAAGCAUCUCUGCGGCACGGCCACUGAUUUAACGAUACGUUGCUUGGUGAAGUCGAUAAACGGCGAACCUGCCGUCGACGUGCGCGGCCUAAUCGUCGCGUUUUGCUGCCAUCAUAAAUGCGAGUACUCGUCGUACGUGGGCCGGGAAUACCUGCGGCAAUGCGGCUUUACCGCAGACGAGUUUCCCAUUUUGUGCAGCAUAGUCAGUUGGGCGACCUGUGGCUCUCGUUUAAAGAACAACGUUAGCUCGCCAGGUGAUUCCAUUGCGCAGCAGCGCGACAGCGCUAGCCUAUCUUCAAAAUCGGACGAACGCGAAGUUAUCGGACGCAAAGCUAAAGCGCUGCUGAACUGGGGCCGCCUGGUAUUUCUGGAGAGCGCUGGAUUUCAGGCCGAGCUGCAUUAUUACACUUCCACCGACAUCUCGUUAGAAAACAUGUGCAUCGUCGCCACGCGAGAACGUUCAUUGUGACUGAAAUAUAUCGUAUUUAUCGUCAACCUGUGCGUUGUCCCGAAAAUCACUCUCAUUUUUGUUACCAAUAAAUACAUUUUCAUAUGAAUU